AUGACAGUAUACACAAAGCCUCAAAAAAGACCAGUUUUCAUCACCGGAAUUUUCUGCGGAAUAUCCGUCUCCUGUGCUACUUCUCGUGCUACUCGGGCGUUUUCGCGCGAUAAAGCACUUCCAUUCUAUAACUUUUUCGCACGAGUUUCGCCUAAAACUGGUGUUCCUCUCAAUGCUUACCUGCUUUCCACUCUUAUUCAACUUCUGUUUGGGUUGAUCUACCUCGGUUCUCUAACGGCUUUCAAUGCGUUCGUUGGUGUCGCGGUUAUGUGUCUUGGAGCGAGUAACGCUAUACCGAUUUCGAUCUCCUUGAUGAACAAGAGGAAAGACGUAGUAGACAGCCCUUUCUCCCUAGGAAGAUCUGGUGUCCUCCUUAAUGUUAUAGCGGUGUUGUGGAUCGUGUUUGAGAUUGUGCUGUUUUCGAUGCCCCCGGUUGUUCCAGUUACACCUGUUACGAUGAAUUAUGCAUCUGUAGUGUUUGUCGGAUUUGGUGUUUUCAGUGGGGUGUGGUACAUGAUUAGUGGAAGACAUCACUAUACUGGCCCACCGGAGCCACGCGACCUGGCGCUGGGGGAAAAUCAGUCUAAUGUAAGCUCUCAGACCAAAGAUGCUACUGACGAAGAAGCAGUCGCAGAAAAAUAG